CAUAUUUGAAUCCAUUAUUAAAGAGUACAUUCUAUGUAUAAAAUUUGUAGACUUCGACACAUUAUAUUGUAUUGAAAUGAUCGACAAAACUAAACAUAAGUAUAGUUAGUGUUGUGUUUAAAAUAAUCGACAAAACAAUCGGCUCUUCGAUGGCUAUCAUUAAGAGGACACUCAAGUACGGGACAGCUGUCGGUAUCACAUACUUAACAAUUGAACAGAGAUUGUGGUCUCAAUUGAGUGAAAAGCAAAUCAAUGACAAAUUAUCGGUUGUCAGCAAAUGUGGACAACAAAUGUCUUCAUUAGUCACUCAAAAGACUGGUUUUGAUGUGAAUAAGUGGACCAAUUGUGCCACAUGUGAGUCGUUUGAUUUGAAUAGUGUGUGGAACCGAUCGGUGAAGACUGUAUUCACCAGUUUGUCAACAAUUCAUGUGAAGGACUUGUACUCAAAAGUUGCCAAAUAUAUUGAUAGCAAAUAAUAAUAAUAAUUAUUAUUAUAAUAAU